AUGUUUAUCGCUAUCAUCGGUUCGCGUUUUUCAGGGAAAUCAACUGUUGAAGAGUAUCUGAUUGCCAAAGGUUUCACGUCUGUCCACUUACGCGACAAGGAUUUAGAGGCAGCCCUUUCCUUCAGCUCCCCAGCUAUGCUAUUGGAUCACGUCACACAACAUUGGCGGUCGAAUUUCGUUACGACCGACCUCGACUCAGACAGACUAGUGAACUACUUCAUCAGGCGCCCUUUCUUCAUGCUACUUAGCAUAGACGCGCCCAUCUUGCAACAUCCCCCCACCGGUUUUUCACUGCUCCGCCGCGCAAGCCUGCAGGUCAAGCUCAAAAUCGGAAAUCACUUCGAUUCCAUUGCAGAACUCCAUUGUCACCUGGAUUCUUUAGAUAUCACAAAUACAAAUCGACUCAGACCUCAAUGGGAUACCUAUUUCAUGACGCUCGCAGAUCUUGCUUCGCAACGUUCCAACUGUAUGAAGCGCCGCGUAGGCGCCAUACUUGUCCGUGAACACCGUAUUGUUUCCACAGGUUAUAACGGCACUCCUCGCGGCGUCAAAAACUGCAAUGACGGGGGGUGCGGACAUUGCAAUCGCACAUCGGCGACUAAUGGCACUGAAUGUCUUUGCUUACAUGCCGAAGAAAAUGCGCUUUUAGAAGCAGGAAGAGAUCGGGUUGGCGCGAAUGCCACUAUGUACUGCAAUACAUGUCCAUGUUUAAAAUGCACCAUCAAGAUUAUCCAAAGCGGUGUCAAGAGAGUAGUUUACAAUUUGAGCUAUAAGGUAGAUGAAGCUUCUGCACGAUUGUUCCAAGAGGCUGGAGUGGAGAUCUUCCGACACGUUCCACCCCCUGAACCAUAA